GCGCGGGACCGGUCCUGGCGAUGGCGGUGGCGGCGCGGGCUCUCACGCUGCCGGCAGUGGUGGAGGAGCUGCUGAGCGAGAUGGCGGAGGCGGCGCGGGACGGCGCGCCGAUUCCUGAUGAGCAUUUAUUAUCGCUGAAGUUUGUCUUUGGCUCAUCAGCCGUCCAGGCCUUGGACCUCGUUGAUCGCCAGUCCGUCACCUUACUUUCAUCACCCAGUGGGAGGCGUGUUUACCAGUCAUGCUCCAGAUGCAGCGUCAUUUUCCUGGCCUGGACGGCUCCUCCUCACCACUUGACUGACAGCAGGCCGUCUGCUCUUGGACGGGCGUGUUCCCAGCCCUCGUAUCUGUGCGCUCCUUCCAUCCUGCUGGGGAACAGGCAGAUCUGGGCUUGCCGCGCUCCGAGACAGCCGCCCGAGCAGCUGAGUCACCCCGUUAAAAGAUUCUCUGCUUUCUACGUUCCUCCUGUUCUCAGAUGCUUUUCAGAAGCCCUUGCCCGUUUUCUUCUGAAGACCUGUCUUUCUGCCUCACCGCUAAGCCUUCACCUGUUUUCAGACUCCCUUCACACGUGUGGUGGAAGCUGUAGACGUUUACACACAUGCUGUGAAAUACCAGAGGUUGAGAAACACCACGAUGAAGUGCAGAUGGGGGGGCUUUCUCCUCUGCCUCUGUAUCAUCAACCCACGGAGUGGGCCCUCUGA